CAUGUAAACAUAUAGCUUAACUGUACACCCGUAUAUCGCCGAAAACACAUUUUAUACUCUAUUAAAAGUCAGUGUUUAUGUAAUUAUCUAGGACAUACUUUCAAAAUACGUAGUUGAUAUGGUCGUGACCUAAAAUGGAUUUUAAACAACGCAUUUUCAUUUCUGCUUUGAUUUACCUACUAGACCAUGCAACCGAAGCACAAGGAGUACUGUGCCAUUUUGAGACGUCUAAUGGUUUCCUACAGAAAAAAUAUUGUAAGGAAGCAUGUUGUGAAGGUCCGGAUAUUAGAUAUUCAAGUGUGUGUUGCUACCACAAACGUGAGAGUUCGGUGUAUAUAGGCACUGGUAUGGCAGCAUUGGUAGGUCUUGUCAUUAUCAUUUUAUGCGCCACAUAUUUAUGCUGUAAACGGAGCAUCUUACAACGAUCUAGAGUGUUUAAUUCUCGUCAGAGAAACACAAGACUUCAAAGGACACCACAAGUGAGAGAAAACAGUGUGUCGACUGUAAGUUCACAAGUACAACCCCCAGUGCCACCACCUUACGAAACUCUCCCACCACCGUACUUCUCCGUACAACAGGGAACCAGUCAGAAAAAAGAAGACAAGUCUACGUUUCCUGAUGAACCCCCGCCUGCUUAUUCACCAUAUGAUAACUGUGCUGUAUGACAAAACAAUCGUGCCAUAUCUUAUUUUAAUAUUUAUGUAUUUGUUAUAUAUUACAAUGUUGCUCCAAAAAAUGAAAUGUUUAUUUGUAAAAUAUGUACGUAAUAAAAAUGUUUUAUAAGAA